AUGGCGGCUACAUUGCAGAGAUUAUUGUCAGCUUCUGCUGGCGUCUUCUUGAACAAGCGCGUGAUUCAGCGUUUGCCUAGCUUUCUCUCUAGUUGCCGAAAUUUAUGCGUUAGCUCAGAUCAUUUAAUUGGAUCCGAGAGUGUUAAUGUUUCUCCAAAUAACGAGUUUCUUAGAUGGAAAAACGGAGGAGGGACAUACCAUAGCUCAGCGGUAAUCGAUUCCUCGGCUCUGGUUGAGUUUGGAGCAGUAGUUCACGAAAGAGCUAUCUUGGGUGCUGAGGUUCAAAUAGGAUCUAACACGGUUGUUGGACCGUCGGUCAAAAUCGGUCCUUGUACAAAGAUCGGAUAUAAUGUUUCAGUCAGUAACUGUAGUAUUGGUGAUUUAUGUGUCAUCCAUAAUGGAGUUUGCAUUGGUCAAGAUGGAUUCGGGUUUUACGUAGAUGACCAAGGAAACAUGGUGAAGAAGCCUCAAGCUUUAGAUGUGAAGAUAGGGAGUCGUGUGGAAAUCGGAGCAAAUACAUGCAUUGAUGGGGGCAGCUGGAGAGAUACUGCGAUUGGGGAUGAUACUAAGAUAGACAAUUUAGUUCAGAUAGGUCAUAAUGUGGUUAUUGGCAAGUCUUGCCUGCUCUGUGGCCAAGUAGGCAUAGCUGGAUCAGCAGAGAUUGGUGACUAUGUAGCUUUAGGAGGACGUGUUGCUGUUCGAGACCAUGUCUCCAUUGUAUCCAAGGUUCGACUUGCUGCUAACAGUUGUGUUACCAGAAACAUCACCGAACCAGGAGAUUUUGGUGGUUUUCCCGCUGUCCCAAUUCAUCAAUGGAGAAGACAGAUUGCUGAAGCUCAGCUUUCGAGCAAGAGGAAACCAUAA